AUGGAAGAGUUUGUUGAUGUUGCAAUUGAAGCAGCUAAGAAAGCCGGAGAGAUAAUUCGUCAUGGAUUCUACAAGAGUAAGCAUAUUGAGCACAAAGGAGUUGUUGAUUUAGUGACAGAGACUGAUAAGGCAUGUGAAGUUUUAAUUUUUAAUCAUCUGAAGCAAUGUUUUCCUAGUCAUAAGUUCAUUGGUGAAGAAACAACUGCUGCUGCUUCUGGAAAUUUUGAGCUUACUGAUGAACCAACUUGGAUAGUUGAUCCACUUGAUGGAACUACUAACUUUGUGCAUGGCUUCCCUUUUGUUUGUGUAUCUAUCGGUCUCACAAUUGAAAAGAAACCAGUGGUUGGUGUUGUUUACAACCCAAUCAUCGACGAGCUUUUCACUGCAAUCUAUGGGAGAGGUGCUUUUCUUAAUGGGAAGUCCAUCAGAGUAUCUUCAGAGUCUCAACUUGUAAAAGCUCUUGUUGCUACAGAGGUUGGAACAAACAGGGAUAAGGCAAUUGUAGAUGCUACUACAGGAAGAAUUAAUAGAGUGAUUUUCAAGGUUAGGUCCCUCAGGAUGUCUGGUUCUUGUGCAUUAAAUCUAUGUGGAGUGGCGUGUGGAAGGCUUGAUCUCUUCUAUGAAAUUGAAUUUGGUGGUCCGUGGGAUGUCGCAGCUGGUGCUCUCAUAGUCAUAGAAGCUGGAGGACUCGUUCUUGAUCCAUCUGGUUCCGAAUUUGACCUAACAGCUCGACGUGUAGCUGCUACAAACGCUCAUCUCAAGGACGCUUUUAUCAACGCCUUGAAUGAAUCAGAAUGAGAAUCAUACUUUCAUACACAAUAGGAAUAGGAAGAAGAAUGCAAUAAUUAUUUGUACUGUGAAUAUUGUUAUGCAUAGAUUAUUUACUUUAGGAAUCUUUGUUGUUACUGGAAAAAAUAAAUAAGGAAAAAUGUAUUCAGUAGAAAUUGAUCCCUGAACCUCCCAGUAAAAAAGUUUUGAUUCUAUAUAUUGUUCUUGUUCCUAUUCCUAUUCUAACACUAUUAAGUGUGUGUGUAAACACCACUCACAAGUAUCACCUAAUUGAAGCUUCAAAAGCUAUCUCCACCAAUCUGGCACUUUAAGCCUCCGGUUUCUAUGUACAGCAAGUUUUACAGCAGGAAGCUUGUGCUUCACUUGCCUCCAUAGCAUGCUUACAGCAUCGCCAUUCUUCGGAGGGUACUGGUACUCAAAAUGAUGUGUAAUGUUCUUAA